AAAUUACAACCAGAAAUUUCAAAACUUCAAUCUUCCCUUCUCCUCUCCUCAUGUGAUCAUCCCUUCCAUUAUUGUACUCACAUUUAUAACCAAACAACACCCUCAUCUCUCUCUCUCUCUCUAGAAACCCAUCUCUGUAAUCUAUUUUCUUUCAAUGUAAAGACUAAGGACACACCAUUUGAAUGAUAACAUAGCAAAAAUCAAGUAAAGAUGGGAGGUGGAAGAAGAAGAAGAAGAGAAGGAGAGAAUGAACCAUCAAAGUCUCUCACCUCUCCUUCCUCUCCUUCUCACUCUUUCUCUUCAUCCUCUUCUUCAGACUUCGAGUUCACGAUCUCUAUUUCCCCUCGCAAAACCGCCUCCAACCUCUGCCCUGCAGAUGAACUCUUCUAUAAAGGCCAACUCUUACCUCUCCACCUCUCUCCUCGCCUCUCUAUGGUUCGAACCCUCUUGCUUGCCUCUUCCAGUACUUCCUCUUCCUCCGACACCAACACCACCACCUCUCGUGACUCCACCGGCAGUUCCAACGAUUCCCACUCCUCCUUCUCCAGCGAUCUCGGUUUACUCGCCGAGUGUGACUCGUCCAGACCCAGUUCCGUUACCGAGGAAGACGAAUUGAUUAAACGACUCAACCACAGAGAACAAAUCAAGAAACCCAAGUACUUUUCCUUUUCCAGAUUCUCUUCUGUGUUUCGGAAGAACAGAGAUCAAGAGAACGUGCCCGUGCCUGUGUCGGUGUCGGUUUCGGUCUCGGCAUCUUCGGUGAAGCGGAUGAGCUCGUCGGCCAAAGACGUCAUUCGUAAGUACUUGAAGAAGGUGAAGCCUUUAUAUGAGAAGCUUUCACAGAAGCAACAACAGCAACAGGAGCAGAAGAUGUCGACGAUUGCAACUGCAGUAUCUUUGCCGUCGAAAACAGAGAGAUUCCCCGCGGCUGUCUCCACCGCCGGUGGCGGCUGCGGCGGCGGAGUUUCGAACACAAGGAAAGACACUCAUUCCUUCUCUGGGAAUCUGAGUCUGAGAUACCCACGAAGGAGAAGCUGCAUCUCGAGCUGCCCAUCAUCGAUGCGGUCAUCGCCGAGCCAUUCGGGAGUUCUUUGUCCAAGUUCUGUGAUCACUGGGAGGGGUCUAGGAGGAACAUACCAUUCAGAUUCAUCGUCAAUGGAGGAGUUGCAGAGUGCGAUUCAGGGAGCUAUUGCGCAUUGUAAGAACUCUAUGGCCCAGAGUAAAUCAUUGGUAUGUUAAGAACUCCGAAAGCGCUAACUUCUAAUCUUAGCUUCAAAAAUUUGCUUCUCUCUAAUAUUUGGAUUUCAAGUUCUAACUUCUGAAUCUAAAAAAAAAAAUGUUUCCUCCUGCAAGAAUUAGUUUAAUCCAAUGAUAAUUAAUUGGAAAACCCUUCUCGAUUUUCUCUUAAAUUGGCUUUGAUAAUCGAAAUUUAUGAUAUCGAAGUCAGAUUUGUUGGUGUAUUGACUAAUUUUGUAGCUAAAUUAAACAGAUUAGUAUCAGCUGUUCUGUUCCA